AUGUCACGACGGGCUGGACUGGAUUGUGGAUGCGAGUUGAUACUAACACGAAUGAAACUCUCGAUAGCAUGCACUGGUGAUUGGACAAAAUGUGAAAGUGUUUUAGAUGUUACUCAAGACACGGUUAACCUUGUUUUUGGUGUUUUAUUACAUGGUACGGGUCAAGUUUGGUUUAACCAAUUCGAAUUUAAUGUCGUAAGCCUAAGCAAUCAAACUACUAUCGCUACUGUCACAAAUUCAACUCCAUCCUAUACUACUGGAGAGCUCUAUUAUCCAGUUAGCCUUUUCGGCACAUCACCUGUAUUUACCAAUAAAGUUGCCAGUGACUCUGUAACGGCAACUACCAACAUAGGUGGAAUUAUUGGUGCCACAUUUGGUGGCUUUGCCGCUGGAAUAAUCGU